AUGAAGCAUGCACUCCUUUGUACCGCAGUCGCGAGCUUUGCGUUGGCAGUCGAAAGCCGUACCUGCCUGUCAUGGCUGGCGGAUACAUUCAUCGCCAAGGGCGUGAAGCCGACGUUUGGCUAUCAAGAGGCGACACUGUACCUCGGAAUUGAGAAGGCCUACGAGUAUACCCAAGACGACAAGUACCUGGACUGGUUGAAGAGUCAGAUCGACAACAACGUAGUGCAGGACAAUGGAAGCAUCAAAGGCUGGAAGAAUACCUCGUAUGUCUUGGACAACUAUCGGAUGGGGAACCAGUACCUUUACCUUUACAACGAGACGGGAGACCUGAGGUAUAAGACGGCGGCGUCAAUUGUACGCGAGCAAUUGAACAGCCACCCGAGAACACCCUCUGGCGGGUUUUGGCAUGGACAAUCUUGGCACAACCAGAUGUGGCUCGACGGACUCUUCAUGGCGCAGCCGUUCUACGCCAAGUGGACAAACCUCUUCGACAAGAGCAACGAGACUGCUUGGGCAGACAUCUUGAACCAGUAUCACCUCAUACAGGCACACACCCUCGAAUGGUCGGGUCUCCUCGUCCACGGAUGGGCGGAAGGCCCUGCUCCAUGGGCAGACCCUAAGACGGGACGCGCACCUCACGUCUGGGGCCGCGCCGACGGCUGGUACUUCAUGUCCCUGGUCGAAGUGCUACAGGUGUUUCCAGCCUCGCAUCCCGGCCGCGCCGAGUUGAUGAAGUAUUUCCGAUCGCUAGCUGCAGCUCUCGUACGCUCACAAGAUCGACGGUCGGGCAACUGGUGGCAGGUCAUGGAUGCGCCAUAUCCUGGUCGCCCAGGCAAUUACAUUGAGAGUAGCGGGUCAGCUAUGUUCACUUGGGGCCUACUGAAGGGCAUUCGCCUAGGGUAUCUCAACAGGGCCGACUACCUGAGGCCGGCGGUGCGCGCGUACAAGGGCCUGUACUAUAUCAGCGUCCCCACAUCCUCCAACGACUACAAAGGAUCCGGACCGUACAUGCUUGCCGCGUACGAGUGGGAGACGUGGGCGAGUGUGGCAUAG